AUGGCUGAAGUUCAUGUUAUUGGACAAAUACUUGGUGCAAGUGGUUUUCCUGAAUCAAGUCUAUUUUGUAAAUGGAAAGUACAAAUGGGAAGUGCAUGGCGUGUUUUACAAGGCGAUCAUGAAGGUCAAACACAAGUUGAUGAACCAUUAGAUGCACCGAUGGCUAAUUGGUGCCAUCCAAUUGAUGUACAUUUUGCUACAAAAGGUUUACAAGGUUGGCCAAAAUUUCACUUACAAGUAUGGCAUCAAGAUGUAUAUGGACGUAAUGAAUUAUAUAGUUAUGGUUUUUGUCAUAUACCUAUUAGUCCAGGUUUACAUGAAAUUGAUUGUGUUACUUGGAGACCAAAAGGUAGUCUUCUUGAAGAACUUAAAACACAAUUUAUUGGAGGUAGUUCUCAAUUAAAAAAUCCUGAUUUAGUUUCAUCAAGUGCUGAACUCUACAAAUUACGAACAGUAUCAAUGGGUAAAGUUCAUUUACGUUUACAUGUUAUUGUACGUAAUUUUGAUAAAUAUGGUGUCGAAUUUUGA